UUUCCCUUUUACUCUCCCUUUCUCAUAUUUAAUUGCAUUAUUUCACAAAUGAAAGAAGAUCAGCACUACAACAGCGACUGCAGCAGUAACUCAACGAAAAGUUUGUUCUUUUCAAUAAAGAGCGCCUUUGACAACGACUCCUCAGACACGCUCUUACCUAGCAGUGUUCCAGGCACACCAACCACGGUAGUGGCUGUUGGUGGCGAUUACGGGGCGAUUGCGAGCGUAGAUGCAUUACAAGCGGAUCGACCCGGGUAUGGUACAUCUUCCACCACAGGCUCAUGCAUGAACUUGGUCAACGCCAUGAUGGGAUCAGGCAUCAUUGGCCUACCGCUCGCUCUACAUAUGUGUGGAUUAUGGAUGGGGUUGCUAUGCUCAGUGGGUGUGGCGAUAUUAACGGGCAUCGCCAUGCACUUGCUGGUCCUAUGUGGGAUCCGAUCCAGACAAUAUACAAUGGCCGAUUUGGCUCGCGUAAGCUUACUGGGCACCUGGGGCUCGCAUCUGGUCAAUUUCCUAAUGGUGUUUCAUACAGCAGGAACAGCUGUUUCCUAUUAUAUCUUACUUGGUGAUAUGCUGCCGGAAUUAUUCGAUAAUUAUGGUCUCCAUUGGCUAGCUGAUCGACGACUUUCGGUAGUUUCGUUUGGAUUGUUCUGUAGUCUGCCUCUUUCGUUACCCCGGUCAAUUGCACCGCUCGCAAAAUGGUCCACGUUCAAUGUGAUGCUACUGCCUCUUGUUUUAUUGGGCGUGUUCAUUCGUAUGCCAAAAUACGCAACUGAGCCACCUGUACUUGACUGGACCUGGCCCGCCAACCACGAAUUAUUCAAAGGAUUGGCUAUUUUAGGCUUAUCGUUUGGCUGUUCGCAAAAUGUAUUUGGCGUGUAUCUCAGUCAGCGCGAUCAACGGCCAUCGCAGUUUCUGUUGGCGGAUACAUCCUCGCUUUUAAUAGGCUAUACAAUCAAUAUGCUCUUUGGUAUCAUGGGGUUUUUAUGCUUUGGCAACAAGAUCCAAGCCAAUGUUCUGCUCAAUUUCCCCAAUGAUGAUCCAGUUAUCAACAUAGUGCGUUUGUUAUUCGGUGUCUUUAUGGUGUUUACUAUCCCCAUGUCGAUCUAUCCUUGUCGGGAAUCAUUGCAGAAACUACUCGGUUACAACACAGAUGGUCGGAUCCCUACCAACAAGGAGCACUACGGAACAACCGCAGCUGUUUUUACCAUUGUGCUUUCGCUAGGUGCUACCUUGACUGAGUUGGGUAAAGUAUUUGCUGUCAUUGGCGGGUUUUCUACCACGGCUCUUGGACUCUUACUGCCAGGUGCAGCUUAUGCCGCACUGUUUUUACCAGAGUUGAUAAUGCCUGAUAAGAAUGGAAAUCAUGAUGAAUCGAUUGCUGUUACUACUACUCCUAUUGUAGAGUCAUCACAUGAUCAUAAUAGCUGCUCAAAGUUUGCUGGGGCCGUACAAUAUCCAGUUUCUGCAUCUUGGGCAUUGAUGAUAUCAUCUUUUAUUUUAAUUCUUGUUAGUUUUCCAAUCAUGUACUUUGCCAUAUUAGAAGCACUGUAAAUAAUAUUGUUCUUUUUUGUUAUGUUGUUGUUGUUGUGUAAAGCCGUCGUGGAGCUAUUUUUGAUUAAAUAUGCAAGAAUCAUCAAAUGCUUUCGAUUGCUACUAAAAAUACAAGGUAUACAUUGCAUACAUAAAAAGUAUUAAAGUUUCUCUGCAUCACUUUCUUCCUCAACAGCCCCUAUGCAAACAACAC